CAACGUACAACAUGCAACGUUUUGUGUAUUCCGUGGUAAUGAUCGCUCUGCUGGGAGCCGCCUUGGUGCGUGCCUUUGACGAGAAGGCUGCCUUGGCCAAGUUCAUGGAGUAUGCCGAACCCUGCAAGGUUGAAGUUGGCGCCAGCGACAGCGACAUGGACGAGGCAAUGAAACAUCUGCCGGCAUCCACCUACGAGGGCAAAUGCAUGCGAUCCUGCGUCAUGAAGAAGUUCAAUCUGAUGGAUGCCAAUGGCAAACUGGACACAAAUGCCGGACACGAGAAGGCCAAGCAAUACACUGGCAAUGAUCCUGCCAAGCUAAAGAUUGCCCUCGAAAUUGGCGACAUCUGUGCGGCCAUCACUGUGCCCGAUGACCACUGCGAGGCGGCUGAAGCCUACGGCAAGUGCUUCAAAUCGGAGGCACAGACACGUGGCCUCAUGUAGAUACCCCAACGAUCCUAUCUCCAAAGGAAGCAGACGAACCAAGGCACAUCCAGGCGAUACCUCGAGAACCCAAUUAAAAAUGUAGUUAAUCAACUAUGCCUAUAUAUGUAUUAUUAUUAUUUUGAUCA